AUGGCGACCGAGAACUACGACCCCUGCUACCCGGACCAGCUGGCGGUGCACCGGUACCUGCCCCUGUGGGCCAGGAUGCCGGCGUUCGCCGCCAAGCCGGCCUUCCUCUGGGCCGACGACGACGCGGCCACCGGCGCCAUGUCAUACACGGCGAUCACGUACUCCGAGCUCAAUGCUGCGGUGGACCGCAUGGCGUCCGGGCUCCUCGCCACGCUCCGGCGCGGCGACACCGUGCUCGUGCUCGCCUCCCCCGGCCUCCGCCUCGUCAAGCUCCUCUUCGCGUGCCAGCGCGCCGGGCUCACCGCGGUGCCCGUCAUCCCGCCCGACCCGUCCAGGCCCGGCCCCGCGCACGCGCACCUCCUGCGCGCCGUGUCUCAGACGAGGCCCAGCGCUGCCGUCGCCGACGCGCGCUACGUCACCGCCGUCGCCUCCAGCCGGCUCGCCGCAGCGCUGAGCGGCCUGCGCUGGCUGUCCGUGGACGAGCUGGACGAACGAGAGGCUGGUUUGCCGCGCGCCAUGGCGGGCCACGCGGGCUGCGGCGCGGGAGACGCGUACCUGGUCCAGUACACGUCCGGCGCCACGGGCGUCCCGAAGCCUGUGGUGGUCACCGCCGGCUCGGCGGCGCACAACGUGCGGGCGGCGAGGCGGGCCUACGACCUGGGCCCCGGCAGCACCAUCGUCUCGUGGCUGCCGCAGUACCACGACUGCGGCCUCAUGUUCCUGCUCCUCACCAUUGUCUCCGGCGCCACCUGCGUGCUGGCCUCGCCCGACGCCUUCCUUCGGCGCCCGCGCCUUUGGCUCGAGCUCAUCUCCGAGUUCAAGGCGACGUGCACGCCCGUUCCGUCGUUCACGUUGCCGCUCGUGCUCCGCCGUGGCGGCGGGCGCUCGGCGUCGGCGCACGGACUGCAGCGGCCGGUGCAGCUCGGCAGCCUCCGGAACCUGAUCCUGAUAAACGAGCCGAUCUACAAGGCGUGCGUCGACGAGUUCGUCGCAGAGUUCGGCCGCCACGGGCUGCGGUCCGAGUCGGUCUCUCCGUCGUACGGCCUCGCCGAGAACUGCACGUUCGUGUCCACGGCGUGGCGGAGCACCAGCGGGCGCGUGGACCGCCUCCCGUCGUUCAAGAAGCUUCUGCCGUCGGCGAGGCUGCCAUCGUCCAGGGCGCACGAGGCGUCGGAGAUCGAAAUCGUCGUGGUGGACGAGAAGACCGGUGAGCCGGUGAGGGACGGCACGGAGGGGGAGGUCUGGGUCUCCUCGCCGAGCAACGCGUCGGGGUACCUAGGCCACCCGUCGGCGAGCCACGAGGCAUUCUGCGGGAGGAUGCCGGGGAGGGCGGGGUCGCGCUUCGUGCGCACGGGCGACCGCGGCGUGGUCACCGGGCCAGAGCGGUACCUGUAUGUCGUCGGCCGGAGCGUCGACGUGGUCGUCACGGCGCUCAACAGCCGCGUGCACGCACACUACAUCGAGACGGCAGCUCUCGAAAGAGCGCCAGACCGCCUUAGAGGCGGCUGCAUUGCCGCUUUCACGGCGCCGACGACAACGUCUUCGAAGGAGCAAUUGUGCGUCGUCGCGGAGCUGCAGAAGGGAAGCCGCAGCGAUGACCACACGAGUCUCUGUGAUGGCAUAAGGCGGUCGGUGUGGGAGGCGGGAAAGGUGAGGGUUGGUCGGGUACUGCUUGUCCAGAGCGGCGCGGUGCCGAAGACGACGUCGGGGAAGGUGCGCCGUGGGGCGGCAAGGGAGAAGCUGGUCGCCCGGAGGUAUCCGGUGGUUUUUGAGGCCCUGUACGACGACGGUGACGGCGAGGGCUCGACACGUGCGGUGGGUGACGAAGAUGGGGAAAUGGAGGAGAGGUGUGCGGCGAGCUGGAUGGCAGGAGAGGGCGGGGUGCCCGGCAUGGCCACGACCUUAGGGGCAAGCCGCCGUAUUCGCGUGCAAUCGUUUCUUUGAGAAAGAAGUUUCGACAGAUUAAAGUGUGUAGUAGGA